AGCUGACAGCUCAUCCGAUUGGACCUGUUCGGCGGCGCGGAUUUCGGUUACGCUCACAGUUUCCUCUAAUUUCAAAAUAAUUCAUACAAAAACCACUAAUUGCUCCUUUUGUAAAGUGGCCAGUUAUAGUAUAUAAUGUAAUUAAACAAAAGUGCAACACACUAAAUUGUAAAGUCGUGGGUGGAAUUAAAGGCAAAUCGGAAAGUAGUUGCUAGUUGCGCAGUUGAAACUGCUGAAGAAAUCGAGACACUGUUGCCGGGCUUAAUUGUAGGAAUAUUGUUUAUUUAACACACACAUCAUGACAAAUAUGCGCCCACCGCAGAGAUCCAAACUGCUGAAGGUCGUCAUACUGGGUGACGGCGGGGUGGGAAAGUCGGCCCUCCUCAAUCGCUUCGUUUCGAAUCGCUACGAGGAGAACAAUUUCCACACCAUCGGGGUUGAGUUUAUGAACAAGGAUAUAGAGGUCGAUGGAGAGCGUUACACCUUGCAGAUAUGGGAUACUGCUGGUCAGGAACGAUUCAGAGCCCUGCGAACACCGUUCUACCGCGGAUCGGAUAUCUGCCUGCUCUGCUAUGCCCUCGACGACCGGGACAGCUUGAGAGGAUUGAAUCUUUGGCGGAAUGAGUUCCUCAUGUAUGCGGACGUGGACGCUGACAAGUUUCCAUUCAUUGUGGUGGGAAAUAAGAAUGACCUUCCGGUGGCCAAGCGACAGGUGACCUACGAGGCUGUCCAGCACUGGUGCGCCGAGCAGAAGAUUGCCUCCCACAUCGAGACCUCAUCCAAGGCCGCCACCAAUGUGACAGAGGCCUUCACCCUUGGCCUGCGCCAAUGGCGGCACAUGGAGUGCGUGGCAGAGUCGGAGCUCCGACAGCAGGGCGACACCAUCGACCUCACCCGCCCCAUCCGGCUCGCCCAAAGACGCAUCUGUUGCACUGGGGGUGGCGAGACCGCGGAUUCGAGUGCGGAUGUGGAUGACGCCGCCAUGCGCAGCCCGGGAACGAAAAUGUUCGGACAGAAACGCAAUAAUGCAAAGGCGCCAAAGACCAAUUAUCGUCUAUGAGCAGACUGACGGGAGUUGUCCGGGAAUUUACGCUUAAUUUAACCACUUGCCGGGGCCUGGCCUCCAGGAUGACCUUUUCAAUGCAUUCCAGACCCGAGAGGGGUUCCAGACCAAAAUCUAAACAAUCGAUGUGGUUAACAUUUAAAUCUAUACCGAAGAUAUAUAUUGUAAUGUUAAAGGAACGAUUUUUGAAGUGAAGAAAUUGGACCUGAAUGAAAUUUUUGUUACACUGUACAACAUAGCUUUAAGUCUCUUUUUGUUUGCUAAGCAACGAAAGUCGUAUAUUAUUGUUUUUCAACGAAAUAAAAGCUAGCUUUUGAUAUGAAAUAAUCAAAUGAAAUAGCAAAGAUUUUGAUGAAAGACAUUAUUUUUACUAUUAAGGGAAAUUACUUAAAACUUAAUAGUAAUUUAUAAAGAAAUGUAAUAUUUUUUGGAGAUUAAUUUUUGAAAGAAUGAAAUGAAAACAGUUUCAAGCUUUUCUGGAAUCAACUAUUUUAAAAAAAAUGGUCAAUAAAAAAAGUCAAAUUUCUCCUUUUUUGUUUUUGAUUUUACUUUUUAAUUGUAUAUUAACCGUAUAAAAUCUCAGUGUGCCUUUGUAGCAAAAAGUUACUUCACGCCUUCAAAGAAGCUUUCAAAAAAUAUAUAUAUAAACUCACAA